AUGUCGGGAUUCCCGGAGCCAAUCCUCCACGGUCUAUGCUCGAUGGGAUUCUCAGCCCGUCACGUCAUCAACAGCUUUGCGGAGAAUGAUGGAAAUCGAUUGAGGGCUAUCAAGGUGCGUUUCUCCUCCCCGGUGCUCCCAGGUCAAACCCUUCAAACGGAAAUGUGGAAAGAAGGGGAUCGAGUGCUCUUCCAGACCAAGGUGAAAGAGACGGGGAAAGUGGUUAUUGCAAAUGCGUGGGCAAAAAUCGAUGGAAUGACUGGUGGAGCCGAUGCUGGAUGUCCAGUAUCCGCCCCGAAUACGGGAAAAAUGACGCUGAAAUCGGCGGCCCUUUUUGACCAGAUCAAGGCCGAACUCCCGAACCACACGCAAAAAGUGAAGCAAGUGAAGGGAAUCAUUCAAUACGAGCUCACCUCUGGAGGGAAAGUCGUCGGGAAAUACACGAUCGAUCUGAAGAACGGAGACGGUACCGUUUAUGAGGGAGAGGCCAAGGAAAAGGCCCAAGUUACCGUAACCGUCGACGAUGAGGAUUUCGUGAAAUUGGCCGCCGGAGAACUGGAACCAACAAAGGCAUUCAUGCAAGGAAAGAUCAAAGCCAAGGGAAAUAUCAUGAUGCUCCAGAAACUACAGGGACUUCUCCAGGGAGCACAAAAGGCCAAGCUA